AUGGUUUUAUUGUCUAAUUUUUUAGUGUGUUUGGGAUUAGUAGUUCCAUCCGCCUUUGCAUUUUCUGAUACUGCACCAAUUAUCAUUCAUUCUAACAACCAGGAUGCCCUUGAAAGCAACCAUAAAUAUAUCACUAAAUUCGAUGAUAUUAAAUCAAAAGUCAAUGACAUUAUUAAUAAAAGUUGCCGUACUAAAAACAGCAAGACGUUUAUUUAUCAAAUCGAAGAUUUAAAUAUUGAAUCUCAGUAUUCUUGGUUGGUAAACAAGGGGGGCUAUCCAAAUGUAUUAUAUCAUGAAAAAAGCGAAGUCAGUUACGAUUUUGAUGGUAAAUGUGAGGACGAAGAACUUGGUACUGUUCAAUAUAGUGUUUUAAAAACUGGCUCAUUGAAAGAGAUAUACGAAAAUCAUAAAGAAAACAAGAAUGAAAUGUUUAUUAUUCAAGUAUUGCCUAAAUUCACCAGUGGUCAUUCGUUAAAGGCUAUUAAGGAAAAAGUGUACAACUUAUACAAUGAUGAAGAUAUUGUUAUUAGUGGCAAAAGAGAUAAACAAAGUGACGAUGAAAAUGAUGCCGAAAUCGAACAAGAAAUUGAGCAUGAUUUUGAAGUUGCUGAAUCCUUAGCUUCAGAAGAAUCAGAACCAGUCAAUAUUUUUGAUACAGAUAAACAAAAUAAAAAUGGUACAGUAGUUAAACAUGACAAUUUGUUUACAAAAUAUCAAUUUUUCACAUCGGGUAUUUGGUCGGGAAUCAUUAUUUCAGGAUUCUUAUUGGUUAUUUUGUACAAUGCUUUAAGCUGGCUUUCUAGCUUAGAAAUCACGUAUGCCUCGUUUGAGAAACAAAUUGAUUUUGAUAAAAAAAAUGAAUAA